UCGGCCAGAACAGAGCGUUGUUGUCGGUAAUGCCAAAGUAAAUGCGAAAGGCGGCACCCAAAUAAGAGUGAAUGUGUUAUUGCUGUUUGUUUUAUUGCUCUGCCAAUGCCGAAGCGUCUAUCAAAAACAAAUACGAAAUUUAAAUAGUUAUCAAAGUGCGAUAUAUAUUUUGCGAUUUUGUUGAUGUGUGAAGUUCAUUGAACGUCUAUAUCCACUGGCCCUGCCUGAUAAAAAUCAACAAAACGGUGAUAAAUAUAACUUCAAGUUGAAUUUGCAAUGAUUUUACCAACUGCCUCAACAUUGUGCAAUGUAUUUACAUUUUUGCUCGCGGGCUCUCCAAUCUUCUACAGUGCCGCACCGCGUGGCAGCUGCAGCAGCUGCUGCACGAUACGCGAACGUGAGGACAUCAAGUUUCUGUUAUACACAAGAAAAAACCGCAUCGCGCCACAGCAGCUACAACUGAGCGAUGAGGCGCGACUGGCGCGAAGCAAUUUCAAUUUCAAUUACCCGCUGGCCAUCUAUCUACACGGCUUCUCUGAGUCGGCCACCGGGGAAAAGCAGAGCAGUCAGCAGCUAAAGGAUGCUUUUCUGCGGCGCGGUAACUACAAUGUGAUACUGGUCGACUGGAGCGCCAUGGUGACAGUGCCCUGGUACUCCAAUGCUGUGGAGAAUCUACCCGUGACGGCACGCUAUCUGGCCCGCUUCCUGCGCUAUCUGGUGACCAGUGGGUAUGCCGUGAAGCAUAUUCAUUUGAUUGGUUUCAGCCUGGGGGCCGAGGUGGCAGGCUUUGCUGGCAAGCAGCUGCAGGAGUGGGGCAUCAAGCUGACUAGGAUUACGGCAUUGGAUCCGGCAUUGCCGCUCUUCGAGGGCAACAGUUCCAAUCGCCGACUGAGUCCAAAGGAUGCUCGCUUCGUGGAUGUCAUACACACUGAUGGCGGCAUUCUGGGCAAUCCCACGGCCAUGGGACAUGCGGACUUCUACCCGAAUGGCGGGCGACCUUUGCAGCCGGGCUGUGCGCGCCAGGAGAUCGCCAAUAAUCGCUGGUUGAACAUCAUUAUUGGCUGCAGUCAUCAGCGAGCCUGGGAGUACUUUGAGGAGAGCAUCCAGCAACCUUUGGCCUUUCCCAGCGAACGCUGCGAGCCAUCGCAAAAUGUUGCCAACUGCGGCACUGGCUACGAACGUGCCUACAUGGGCUACGGCGCAGAUCCGAGACUGCGCGGCAAGUUUUAUCUGGAGACGAACGAUGCCAAGCCAUUUGGCAGGCACAGGCAGAGCCCAGGAGCAGCAUCCACUGCGCCUCAGCUGCCCAUCUCGUAUAAAAUGCCAGUGAACACCACAAGGGAUCUGCAGGAGGAUGACAACAACAUGCUGAGCAACAACAUCGCAUUGACGUGACAAAAUGUCGAAAACAACCAGACGGAAACUGCACCUCCUUCCCUCCAUUCAGUGUCUAUCUUUUCAUCAUGCUCCUUCGGCUUCUCCUCAGCCGUCCUUUCAACACGAGAUUUAUGUGAGCUGCGUGAUUUUGGACGUUCACUUACGCAAAGUUGAAGGUUCCCCACAGUUAACUCUCUAGUUGUAGUAGUUGUAAUUCGUAGUCGUAGUUGUAACUUAUGUAAGUUGUUGUAAGUUCUCUUGUGAUCUGUCUUAUAAGUAUUGUUAGCACGUAAGCAGCGUUUCUUUGCUCUCUAUUCACUUUUUCGCACAUA